AAAUUAUUUCAGCAAAUAUGCGUCAUCUUCUUAGUUUGCUUUUUAAAGAUGGAAAAACAGUAUGCUAAAUUUUAACAGCUUUAAUAGGUUGCCUUAAAGUGAUUUGUGUUUUCUUAUAUAAUUUUAAGACUUAAUCAUGUCUGAAGCAAAACGAGUUGCAGUCAUAGGAGCUGGACCUUGCGGUUUAGGAGCCGUAAAGGCGCUAAAAGAGGAAGGCCUAGAACCAGUUUGCUUUGAAAGAACAGACCAUUUGGGAGGGUUGUGGAGGUAUCAUGAUGAUGAUGUCGACGGCCUUGCUUCUGUAAUGAAGACAACAAUCAUCAACACCAGCAAAGAACUAGGAGCUGCUAGUGAUUGUCCACCACCAGCAGAAUACCCCAAUUAUAUGCACCAUACUUUAAUGUAUGAGUACAUAAAAACUUUGGCAACUAAGUUUGACUGCCUUCGUCAUAUUCGUUACAAUCACCAAACAGUGAAGAUUGAAAAAGCAGAUGAUUAUGAGGAAACUGGUCGCUGGAAAGUAACGAAUAAAAAUACUAAAACGGGAGAAUUAGUGAGUGAAGUUUUCGAUUGUGUCUGCGUUUGCAUUGGCCACCAUGUCUACCCGAAUGAGCCUGUUUUCCCUGGACAAGAGGACUUCCAAGGCAAAAUCCUACAUACACACAGUUUAAAGAAAGUUGACGGCUUUGAAGAUAUGCGAGUUGUUGUCGUGGGUGUCGGGAAUUCUGGUAUGGAUGCUGCUGUGGAAUUGAGUGCCGUCGCCAAAAAAGUUUAUUUGAGCAGCCGUCGUGGUGCAUGGGUUCUACCAAGAGUAGGUCCAAAAGGGCAUCCAUUUGAUGCAGUAUUUGUUCGUCGCUAUGUGAUUUUGAUGCAAAAAUUUCUACCAUACAGCCUUGUAUGCUAUUACUCUGAGAAACAGAUCAACGAAAGAUUUAACCAUGCCUUGUAUAACCUAAAACCAAAGCACAGAAUCUGGAGUCAGCAUCCGACUGUCAGCGACACUUUGCCAAUUAAAUUACUGAGUGGAACCGUUGUGACUCGAGGAGCUAUUAAACGUAUUACGAAGACUGGGGUUAUAUUUCAGGGCGAAGAAGAGGAAACUGAAGUCGACGCUAUUGUAUUGGCUACAGGAUACAAAAUACAAUUUCCAUUUCUAGAUGAUGAUACCCUUCGUGUCGUGGAUAACAAAGUCCAGCUGUAUAAGUUCAUAUAUCCACCCCACUUACCUCAUCCUACUUUAGCAAUUCUUGGGCUCAUACAACCAUCUGGCCCUGGGUUUCCAGUUGGUGAAAUGCAGUGUAGGUGGACUGCUAGAGUUAUGAGUGGUAAACACAGCUUACCUUCAAAAGAAGUGAUGAUGGCUGAUAUCAAAAAGAAAUUGGAUUUCAUUCGGAAGAGGUUUGUGGACUCUCCAAGACAUACUUUGCAAGUUGAUUUCAUUGGAUAUCAAGAUGAACUCGGUGCUGAGAUCGGGGUCAAGCCAAAUCUAUUGAAAUUAGCAAUAACUGACCCAAAAUUAUUUUGGGCUAUUUUUACUGGACCAUCUCUUCCGUAUCAGUACAGGCUUCAAGGUCCAAACUCAUGGCCAGGAGCUAGAGAUGCCAUCUUAACAUAUAAGGAAAGAGUUUACACUCCAUUUCAGAGACCUGGACAAAAGAUAGUGAUCCCAAAGAAGCGUUUAAUAAAUCAGGGUCUUAUUAUAAAGUUAUUGUUUUUGUUGCCUAUCAUCUGGUACUUUUUCUUAGCUGUUGUUUUAUGCGAUUUCUAAUUCAGCUUUCCUUAUAAAACUAUAGCUAAAAGACGUAACCUGUUUCUGAAAUGUCAUGAACGACGUAUUAUGAUUUUCAUUUGUCUAUGUGUGCUAUCCUGUGCAUUCUCUGUGUUUGUUUAAGAUGUUCUGUGGCAAAUGACCGAUAAAAUUAUUAUCUUCUAUUAUUAUUCUAUUGAAAAUUAUUUCAUUACUAAGUCAGAUUUUAUUUGAAUUUUAUUGUUUUAAAAUUUAAAUUUCGUUCUUUUAAACUUUAAAUUUUAUUCUUUUAAAAUUGUUUGGAAGCAUCAUAUCAUAUAUAUCAAACUGAUAUUUUAUAAACUUUUAUAUUAAUUAAUGUAUAAAAUGAUAAAAAUGGCCAAUAUUUACUUGCAUAAAUUGGCACAUGUAUAAAAUGAUAAAAAUAUCCAAAUAUAUUGAAGUUUAUUUUUAUUGUAUUAAAUUCUCUUUCCUUGCGUUGCAUGACAGUAAAUAGGGUUGUUAAUAAAACAAAGCAUAAAAAUGAAAUUUCGCUUUGAAAUGCUUUUUUUUUUCUUGAGCUAAACUUUCUUCAUUUGUUUUAAAUUCUAAAUUCUCCAAAAUAUCAAUUUUUUCUCGUAUAGAUAAUUGCUAAAAAAGAGAUUUGGGGCACUGUUAGUUGAAAUAAAGUUUGAGAUUUGUUUUCUAAAUUUUGUAAACAGUAAUUGAAGCCGCAUUAUAAGAUAACUUUGUUUUAUAGUUAGUUUUUUUGUGGAGGGGGAUAUUCUUAUCUCGAAAAUAAUUUAACAUUAUUUUAAUAAAAUUAGGACUAAGUGUUAAAUAUUUAUGAGCAAUUCUGCAGAAAACUAGAACCCAGUGAGUUAGUUCUAGACUAACUCAUUAGAAAUGAUAACAAUAUUAAGCAGUGAUUCACGGAAACAUUUGGUCAUAUAAGCUGUGUUCUUGUAAAAAAAAAAAAAUGCUUGGUGCUUUGAAUGUAGCUCUCUGUGUAUUAUUCAUUGAAAAGGCAUUUAGCAGAUUCCCAGUUGAUCAAAUUGCAAGAUUUAUAAGUUCGGUAUCUCAAGUGGUACUGAACUUGUUCGGCCGAUAAAUCGGUAGUUUAUAGAUAUCCGUCCUUGUGGAAAAAGAGCAAAUCCUUUAAAAAAUAUUUUGAUUUAUUUUGCUGAUAAUAAUGUGAUUUAGUAUUUCUAAUAAAAACCGUAAGAAAACGA